AUGGAAAUCUCCAAGAACCACACGCGUAUAGUUCCUGUACACGAGAGAGAGCUCUCAUCCGAGCAAGACACUUCAGCCCCCGAAUUGAACCCCCACAAGGGGUCGAAACGCAGACAUGCAACCGUCUACGAUGCUGUAGCAGGCAAAGUCUCAUACGACCAAGGUCCUGGCCCGGAAAUAGAAUCAGAGGAUGUUCAGAACACACCUCGCCACCCAAAAGCCAUCAGGUACUCCACAAAGGACAUCCCUCUAGCACCCGAUGAGGUGCUCUUCAGACGCAAAGAUGCACCUGAGCGUUACCUGGAGCAUGAUAUCUACUACGCCCAUGAACGAGAUCUCCCCCAGAGUGGUCAGGGCGUAUUGCCAGAGAGUGAUCUGCUCAAGGCAAUCCACGCCUAUACCAGUGCCUUUUACAGUGUCAGAAACCGCGAGCGUCAACCUCCGGAUAAUCCUAACGUCAUUGAACGGAGCAUGGACGAAACCGCUCUCUUGGCGUUUGGCAUCUUACUCGAGGAGGCUGGAAAGGAGGUCCUUGGUCGACGAGGCGACCUGGUCUUUACUGAGGGUGCAGAUGAUACUACUGGUGAUGGACCUGAACCAGUCCGUGAUCAGACACGCCUUGUUGGGCAUCAUGAUAUCUCCUUGCGGGGACGUCCUAAGCGGAGAAAGGUUGCUGAUAGUGACGUCGAAUAG